CAGGUAGAAAGUACUCUACUAGAAGUACAAGUACAAGUACUCUGAGCUAAGUACAAGUAUUUCUACGUUGUACUUGAAAAGUACAAAAAGUACAAGUACAUGUACUUGCGUCCUACCUCUGACUCGUUAGUAGCAGAAGCUGACAUUUUCAUUCAAACAUCGUUCUUUUUCGAUUUUUCUUCUUUCAUUUUUUCCAAUUUCUUCUUCUUAUCAUUCCUUACCACGUACUUCCCUACAAAUAUAAGACAGACUGCACCUGCGUUGUUAUUCAAUUAUCACCGAUCAUGGUAUAUCUGCUACCGUUCUUUAUCCUCUCUCUUUCACUCAUUUCCAAUGACCACUGAAAACUUUCACUUUUAUAUAAAAGUGCGGACUGCACUCGACAUUUCGACAGAAGUUAUUCAUGAUGAAUUGAAGCUUGUUUAUAGUUAUGAAGCUUCUGGUCUCAGCACGAUUGAACGAUGUUCAAAACUAUUUCGCGAUGGUCGAGAGGAAACUGAAGAUAAACCGCGACCUGGUAGACCUAUCACUGAAACAACUACUGAAAACAUUGAACAAGUUCGGCUUUUUAUCGAUGAUAACCCCUACAUGACAACCGAAGAUAUUCAAAAACAAACUCAUUUGAGUUAUGGGACUGUCCAACGAAUAAUCAGUGAUCAUACCGGGUGUCUCAAAAGUUUUGCAACACUUUUUAUUUUGUUAAUAUCUGGUCUUGAGGAAAUGGUAAUACUCUGA